AUGGCCCAGAGGACCGAGAAGAGCAGGCUGGUCUCGGCCAUGUCUGGAUCCCUGUCGGGAGCAUGUGUGAGCGCGAUCGUGCAGCCGCUGGACGUGGUGCGCACACGGAUGCAGGUGGACGUCAACCGAGGGGUGCACGUGAGUGCCUGGGGCACCCUGCGCACCAUCACUCAGGAGUCACACUGGACGGGGCUCUGGCGGGGCACCCAGCCGACCGUCAUCCGGCUGGGUCUGGGCGCCGGUCUCCACUUCUUCCUUCUGGAGACCAUCAAGCCCCUGGUCUCCCAGCGCCAGCCUGACGGCUCACUCAAGCUGGGCGCCCUCCAGGCCGCGUUUGCAGGGGGCUGCUCCCGCGCCAUCGCCGCCGUCGUCUCGUGCCCCAUCACCGUGGUCAAGACGCGCAUGGAGUUUGGGAGCGUGCAGGGCAGCAGCACGCUGGGCGCGCUGCGCGCCAUCACGCGCGCCGAGGGCGUGCGGGGCCUGUUUGGCGGCCUGGGGCCCACUGUGCUGAGCAACGCCCCCUUUGCGGGGCUGUACUACAUGUUCUACACCCGCCUGCAGUCGCGGCUGAACGAGAGGACAGCGUGGCGGCCCAUGGCCGUCAACCUGCUGUCCGGCACGGUGGCCGCCGUCUCCGCCACGCUGCUGACUCAGCCCUUUGACGUGUGA